GUGCAGCGAAGUUACCUGGUGCUUUGUGGUUCAGGUCCUUGGCGUUAUUCGCUUCUAUGGGGCUACAUCUCCUGCGCAAAAGCGAGGUGAUGAUCGGCUCCGUGAUCUCCAGCGUUGCGUCAGCUUCUUGGAGCAAGGCUAUUGAGCUCUUAGACCUAGCAGUGAGUCGACGCUUGGCAUCGCUGAUUGCUUGCAGUAGCGCCCUCUCAGGUGAAAACGCGGCCCAGUGGCAAUCAUCCUUCCACGUCUUUGGGCAGAUGUCCCAGCUGCAGUUUUCUCCGGACGAGAUGUGCCUCGGUGCUUUGGUCAGUGCAUGUGACAAGGGCGGUGCAUGGCACCUGGCGCUCCACUCCUUGCGCAGUUUUGCGCGUCAUCGUUUGGGGAAGGACAUCCUCACUUGGAAUUCGGCAAUCAGCGCCUGCGAGCGCCGCCGCCGCUGGCCACAUGCCCUGGCCCUGCUGGCAGUGCAGCCGACUGCCGACCGCGCCGUCGAUGGCGUCACGGCAGCGUGUAGCGCCUGUGGCAAGGGAGGUUUGUGGGAACGUGCUCUGUCGUUGUCUCAGUCUUUGCCACAGGCCGACCCCGUGCUCCACAACACCUUAGUCUUCGCCUGCGUCCGCGGCACGGCAGUGGCCCAUGCACUGCGCCUGCGCCGCGCGACCAAGGCCUCGGAUGCAGACUUGCUUUUGGCCAUGUACGAGACCCUUCAGGACACUUCGGGCUGCCUUCAUCUUUUCCAAGGGCUUCGCACAGCGGUUCUUGCUGAUUGUCGUGGAAAAAAACUCAUCGCUGAGUCCCUAUGUGCGGCUGAUGCUGAGUUCCCAUCGUUUCACCAGGGGGGGGUAGGGGGUUUCUAAUCCCA